AUGGCUCAGUUCAAUGCAUCAUCAUUAAACGAUUUAGCCUUUCAUAAAAUUAAUGUAAGCAUAGAAAAACGUGUAGAUGUGUUAAAACUCCAUCGACAAUUACCAUGGACUUUAGUUUUACAUUUGUGGAAAACGUGGUUCGAGAUAAAUUGGAAUGAAUUGGGUACACAUAUGCACUGCCAUGAAAAUGCGAGUACAGCGUGCAUAGAGUUUAAAAUAUUCACACAUAAAAUGGAUCAUAAGAUUCAAUGUGACCUAUUCAGGGAACCACAAUUGUACAGGGAUGAUUUAUUCUUCCAAAUAUAUGGGAAUGAUGAACGUGGAGAAGUGUGUGUAUGGGUUGCAUACUACGAAACUGAACAUGGACGUGUAUGUGGGGAGUGCUUCGCAGAUUACGAGUGGCAUAUUGUAUGGGAAAGUAACUUUUACCGAAAUAAAGACGGAUUUAAAGACACUGAAAAAGUUGUAAGAUUCGAACAUAAAACUAUUAAUAAAUAUGGGUUUAUCGAAUUAGUGGAAAAUAAAGCUAUGUGGUGCGCGUUCUGUUUGAAACGUUCACAUUUUAAAUUUGUUUUAAGAGAAUAUUGUUCCGAAAAGGUUCAUGAAUUUUUAGAGGGUUUUUAAUAAACAUUUAUUAUUUAAGUAAUUAUGUAUUAAGUUUAAAUAGUUUUUGUAUUGGGGAUUAUAAAUAGUAACAUAAGGUUUUUUUUAAACAUUUAAAUCUCAAUGAUAUUGUCUUUAGGUAUCCAACUGUUAUGGGAUGAAUCGAAUCCUAACUACUUAACGAACACUUUAUUCUUUAAUAAAAAUAAAGAUGUUUUCUUUGUA